ACAGGAGAAUUUCUCCGCGAUACCUUCUAGAGUCCGACUCCACUCUCACUCAUCGUCGUCUCGCCUAUAACUAAAACGGCAAAAAGAACACGAGACAGUGACGGUCAACAUCUCUAUGUAGCUGCCAUUAACGGAAGAAGAGACGUCGUUUCGCUGAAAUUUUAUUGUUGAUUCUUCUCAGCUAUGGAGUCUGCAAUGAUGGUUCUUCCAUUAAAUUACGCCUCUCCAAACGAGUCGUAUUCAAAGGGACAUAAAAGAAUUAAAUUAUUGAGUGAUGCGAACACUUAUGGUUGUACUACUUCCUCUGCAUCUGUGAAAAAUGAAACAGAAGAGAAGAAGGCAAAGGUUUCACAGAAUAUUGUCGAUUAUUCUGAUCCAUUUGCCAUCUCAAAUUUGCUUGAUAACUUAGAUUCUGGUAAAUUUGGGAGUGUAACAAAAGACAUAAAGGACCUCAUAGAUCGGAAGGUUCGAACAUGGGGUGCUCUUUGUGCCAAAAAUCCAUUACUUUCAAAUAUAUUUGUGAAUGCUGAGAACCCAAGUAAGCAGGCUACAAAGUUGGCAAAUCAAAAACCUAUUCGAAAUAUCAUUGAUUUGGAAGAUGACACAGAGGCUGUAGCUCAUCCAUUAGUCGUAGUUCUUUCAGACGAUGAAGAUGAGGAAGACAAGAGGCCUUAUAAUCCUUUUCGCGAGGUUGUCUUGACGCAGCCUCCUGCAGGACAUUUUUUAACAAAGGACAUAAUGGUUAGGGGCUAUGUUGAGAACACAAUUAAGGUUGGGGGCGACACACAGAAGAUAAAUCAAAUGAAAGAAGAAAGUUUAGUUGGUGAAAUUGCCAUCAACAAAGAUCAGGGUGUUUAUGUUGGUGUCGAAGAGGAUGAUGAUGAUAAGACCAAGGCUGAAGAUGAUGGUUUGGGGGAUAUUUGGCAGGAGAUGUCAAUGGCAUUAGAAUGUUCUAAGGAUGUGGUUGAAGAUAAUUCAGCCAAUGAACACAUGGAAAAAGAUGGAGAGGACUGUGAUCAUUCAUUUAUCUUGAAGGAUGAUCUUGGCUAUGUUUGUCGUGUUUGUGGAGUGAUUGACCGAGGAAUUGAGAGCAUAAUUGAGGUCCAGUUCAAUAAGGUGAAAAGGAGCACGAGAACGUACAUGUAUGAUCCUUGGAAUGGCAAAGGCAGAGAUGCAAGCAACAUAGAUGGAGUUAAGUUGUCUGAAAAUGACUUGAUGGUGACUGACAUUUAUGCUCAUCCAAGACAUAUGAAACAAAUGAAACCUCAUCAAGUAGAAGGAUUUAAUUUUCUUCGAAGCAAUCUGGUGACUGAUAAUCCUGGUGGCUGCAUUUUGGCUCAUGCUCCUGGAUCUGGAAAGACGUUUAUGAUAAUCAGCUUCAUGCAGAGCUUCUUAGCUAAGUAUCCACAGGCUAGACCACUGGUGGUGCUUCCUAAAGGUAUUUUGACAACAUGGAAGAAAGAGUUUCAGACAUGGCAAAUAGAAGAUGUUCCACUCUUAGAUUUUUAUACUGUGAAAGCUGACAGUCGGGCUCAGCAAUUGGAGGUGUUGAAAAAGUGGGUGGAGCAGAAGAGUAUUCUUUUCUUAGGGUACAAACAGUUCUCUGCUAUUGUUUGCGACUCUGAAAACAGUAAGACAGCAGCCACUUGUCAAGAGAUACUGCUCAAGCAACCUUCAAUUCUGAUUUUGGAUGAAGGGCACACUCCGAGGAAUGAGAAUACCGACGUAUUGCAAUCCCUUGCUAAAGUACAGACACCUCGAAAAGUUGUUCUUUCUGGAACCCUGUACCAGAAUCACGUGAAAGAAGUGUUCAAUAUUUUGAAUCUGGUGCGUCCAAAAUUUCUGAAACUGGAUACCUCAAGGUUUGUGGUAAAGCGCAUAAUGAGUAGAGUACAUAUUCCAGGUUUGAGGAAGCAGUUCAAAGCUGGUGCACAUGCUGCUUUCUAUGAGUUGGUGGAGCAUUGUCUUCUGAAGGAUGAUGAUUUCAAAAGGAAAGUCACUGUCAUACAAGAUCUUCGUGAAAUGACCAGCAAGGUCCUACAUUAUUAUAAGGGAGAUUUCUUGGAUGAGCUACCUGGACUUGUUGAUUUCACUGUGGUACUGAAUUUGAGUUCCAAACAGAAGAUUGAAGUUUCAAAGUUAAAGAUGUUGGGUGGGAAGGGUGGCAAGUUCAAGCUUUCUGCUGUUGGGAGUUCUGUACUUCUGCAUCCAAAAUUAAAGUCCCUUCCUGAGAAUAGUGUCCCGGCAGAUGAUAAGAUGGAUGAGGUUUUAGAAAAACUAGAUGUGAAAGAUGGAGUCAAAGCUAAAUUUUUUCUUAGCCUGUUAAACUUGUGUGAUUCUGCUGGUGAGAGGUUACUUGUCUUUGGUCAGUACCUUCAACCCUUGAAAUUUUUAGAGAGAUUAGUAGUGAAAAUUAAGGGAUGGAGUCUAGGGCGAGAAGUCUUUGUGAUCUCAGGUGAAUCAACUGCUGAGCAGCGAGAGUGGUCUAUGGAGCGGUUCAACAAUUCUCCUCAUUCCAAAGUUUUCUUUGGAUCAAUUAAGGCUUGUGGAGAGGGAAUCUCACUGGUUGGUGCAUCCCGCAUUAUUAUUCUCGAUGUUCAUCUUAAUCCAUCAGUGACUCGCCAAGCAAUAGGCCGUGCAUUUCGACCAGGCCAAACAAAGAAAGUGUAUGCAUAUAGAUUAGUCUGUGCUGAUACCCAUGAAGAGAAAGAUCAUACCACUUGCUUCAAGAAGGAACUGAUCUCAAGAAUGUGGUUUGAGUGGAAUGAAUAUUGCGGUUACAGAAAUUUUGAAAUGGAGACAGUUGAUGUGUCUGACUGUGGUGAUCUCUUCCUGGAGACUCCACUAUUAAGGGAAGAUGUUAGAGAUCUGUACAGAAGGUAGAUUCCAGCAUUUGGAACUGAAGCAGUGAGUAGAAUGCCAUUUAGAAAAUAUGUAUUCCGUCUACGUUACGAAAGCAUUAACUUUUGUGUACAGGACUAGAGAAAUAGGAAAUGUAAAUUUGUUCAGCUCAGAAUUAUCAUUUGGAUUUCCUUUCCUUUUCUUUUCACUUUUCUUUCUUCAACCUCCUCUGUGAAGAAUGAACAUUGCUAUCUGAGUAUAGAAUUGUGGUACUUUCUAAUUGAAUGCUGGCAGUGUUUUUA